AUGAUUGAGCUGGGUCUGGCCAGGGUCCAGAAGCUCCUGCAGAGCACGCCGCAGACGUGGAAGGCCAUACACGUUGCUGGCACAAAUGGCAAAGGCUCGAUAUGUGCCUAUCUCACGGCCAUGCUGCGUGCCAACAACAUCACCUGUGCCAAGUUCACCUCGCCUCACCUCAUCGACAGGUGGGAUUGCAUCUCCAUCAACGACAAGGCUGUCCCGGAGUCUGUGUUUCGCCACUACGAGGACCUGGUCAAGCAGCGGAACACGGAUUGGCAGGUCGAUGCCACCGAGUUUGAACUGCUCACGGCAACCGCCUUUGAGAUCUUCGAGGCCGAAAAGGUCCAGGUGGGUGUAGUUGAGGUCGGCCUUGGUGGGAGGCUCGAUGCCACCAACGUCCUGAAGCACAAGACUGUGACCGUACUCUCCAAGAUCGGCCUGGAUCACCAGUUCCUGCUCGGUGACACACUGCCCGACAUUGCCUUGCAAAAGGCCGGUAUAAUGCGCCCCGGAGUUCCUUGUGUGGCUGACGCCAGUAAUCCUCAAUCUGUUCUUGAUGUCUUCAGAACGCAUGGCCAGGAAGUCGGCGCCAGCCUUAAAGUCGUAACCUCCGAGUCAAGUCCAGUUGUGGCGGCAUUGCAAGAGCAUCUAGAACCACAUCAGAAACAGAAUCUCGCAGUCGCUCAUGAAGCUUUUCGAGCUGCCUUUCCUCAAUACGCUCAUGCUUCAGAUAUUCUGAUAUCUGCUGCAAGGAAUAUUUCAUGGCCCGGCCGACUACAGCUUGUCCAGAUCAAGUCUCUCACUGACCGCGAGGAGCAUGCCCUUCUCGACGGUGCCCACAAUCCACAAUCUGCCGAGGUCCUGGCAGGGUACGUUGACCGUCAUUUAAGAGGCAAUUCUGCGGCAAAGCCUGUAACAUGGGUUCUUGCUGCGUCUCAGGGAAAAGGCCUGACUGAGAUCAUGCAAUUACUCAUACGCUCUGGUGAUAAUGUUGCCGCUGUAGAGUUUGGCCCGGUAGAUGGCAUGCCGUGGGUACAGCCGAUGAAGACGAGUGCCAUCUUGAACAGUGCAGCUUCUCAUAAUCCAGCCCUGCAGCAUGAUUCAGGCACCAACCUUCAUGAUGCACUGCAAUGGGCGACCAGUACCGCGAGUGGAGGGCCACUUGUCAUUGCUGGUAGUCUAUACCUCGUUUCUGACGUCCUGAGGUUGCUCCGUGACACCAAGUAA